AUGGAACCUAACCACAACGGGUACGGCUACUACGACAACAAUGGGUCCUAUACAAAUGAUGGCAACUCAUGCUACUACGGCAUGAGCUAUGCCACUUCCGAGCCCUCCUCCUAUGGCUACCAAUACCAGCAGUCUCCUACCCAGCCCCAGUCCUCCUACUACCAGUACGACAUCACCAACUCGUCCUCCUCUGCGGCUCCGUCGUACGCCGCCUACGACGACAUUGUCCCGUACGCGCAGCAGCAACACCCGCAGUACCUUAAUUUCGACGGCGGCAGCUUUCAGGACAAUGGCACUACAAGUGCUAUGGGCAUGGACAUGGACCAGUUCAGCGCCCUCAUGGAGGCCACCUCCAUCUCAACUGCUGCACCAUCCUGGGCGGAGCAGCAGGAGGCAAAGAAGGCCAAGGCAGAGCCUCCUCAGUUGAUCGGCGUAAGGAGGCGGCCUUGGGGCAAGUACGCGGCGGAGAUCCGGGACUCCACGCGCAGCGGCGAGCGCGUGUGGCUGGGCACCUUCGACACCCCGGAGGCCGCCGCGCUGACCUACGACCAGGCGGCCUACACGUCCCGCGGACCCGCGGCCGUGCUCAAUUUCCCGGUGGAGCGAGUCCGGGAGUCGCUGCGCGUGCUGAAGCUCGGCGAAGCCGCCACCGCGGGGGAGGACGACUCGCCUGUGCUGGCGCUCAAGAGGCGCCACUGCAUGCGGAAGCGCACUCCCAAGGGCAAGGGCCAGGAGGACAACAUGAAGAAAAAGCAACCUGGUGCUGGUGCUGGUGCUGCUGCUGCGUCGAGCGUGCUGGAGCUGGAGGACCUGGGAGCAGACUACUUGGAAGAGCUGCUCGCAUUGUCCGAGCAGUGGUCGAAUGAAUGA